ACGACCUUUCUCUAUCGGAUUCUGGGAUCCUAAUACAUAUCUCUAGCCUCUGAUUUGCUGUCUGCAAACCUUACUUGGCUGCUUCAGGGUUGGUAGCUCGCUAAGACAGCCCCGAGACAAAAUCCGUGCGCGUUGGUAUCUCCAGAGGCGGGACCCGGCGAUUUGAAGCUUGAAGCUCGCAGGCUCGGAAGCUUUACGCUCCCCUUCCUUGCCACCCCACCGAUAUGAGGUUCAAUGCCGUGUGUAAUCCGAGAAGUAUCUGUUAUUACAACUUUGCGAUCGGACACAGCAUCUUCCCUCAUCGUAAAAUAUUGUGUCUCCUUGGUCUUUGAUUUCUUCCCUUCCUUUCUAACGUACCUUACCUCGAUUUGAGAUCGCUCUGAGUGACAACAGAUCGGGAUGUCCUAGUGCCUGCCUGUAUCAGAAAGACGACCGGAGAUAACAGCACAAGAUGACGCCCAUAGCAAUCUCGCCAGAAAGAGAGUCUGCACCUGCGCCCUCUCUCAAGACAACGUUCGACGAUACCAUCAGAUUCUUCCUCAAUGGUACACGCGUCGUGCUUGACGAGAUCGAUCCGGAGGUCACUUUGUUAGAAUACCUUCGGGGAAUUGGGUUGACCGGGACCAAGCUUGGUUGUGCAGAGGGUGGUUGUGGCGCGUGUACAGUCGUGAUAAGCCAAUACAACCCCACAACGAAGAAGAUAUACCAUGCCAGCGUCAAUGCCUGCCUCGCCCCGCUCGCCAGUCUGGACGGAAAACAUGUCAUAACGAUCGAAGGUAUCGGCAACGUAAAGAAGCCUCACCCUACCCAAGAGCGCAUAGCCAAAAGCAACGGAAGCCAGUGUGGCUUUUGUACCCCGGGUAUUGUCAUGAGCUUGUAUGCUCUGCUAAGGAAUAACGAUGCUCCCAAUGAUCAUGAUAUUGAGGAGGCCUUUGAUGGAAACUUGUGCCGGUGUACCGGAUACAGACCUAUCUUAGACGCUGCUCAGACCUUCAGCGUCGAUAGAAUGUGUGGUAAAAGCACUUCAAAUGGCGGCACCGGCUGUUGUAUGGAAAACGGCAACGGCACAAGUGGGCCUGGCGGUUGCUGCAAGAGCAAGAGCCUUGAUGAUGGACAACCUAUCAAACGCUUCACGCCACCUGGCUUCAUCGAGUAUAACCCAGACACUGAGCUUAUCUUUCCGCCCACUCUAAAGAAGCAUGAGUUCAAACCACUCGCUUUCGGCAAUAAGCGGAAGCGGUGGUACCGACCAGUGACCUUAUCGCAAUUGCUGGAGAUUAAGAACGUCUAUCCCGACGCCAAAAUCAUCGGCGGAAGCACUGAAACGCAGAUCGAGAUCAAAUUCAAGGCCGUUAAAUAUCCAGUUUCGGUCUUUGUUGGCGACAUUCCUGAGCUUCGGCAAUACAGCUUCGAGGAAGACCAUCUCGAGAUUGGCGGAAACGUUAUCCUUACAGAUUUGGAGAAUAUUUGCCAGGAGGCCAUCAAGCAUUAUGGGCCUAGCCGUGGUCAGGUAUUUGAGGCUAUUUACAAGCAGUUAAAAUACUUUGCUGGAAGGCAAAUCAGGAACGUUGGCACACCCGCCGGUAACCUUGCGACGGCCUCCCCUAUCUCCGAUCUGAACCCAUGCUUCAUGGCAGCAAACUCUGUAUUAAUUGCCAAGUCACAGAGCAAAACAACAGAGAUACCCAUGUCAGGCUUUUUCAAGGGUUAUCGAAGAACAGCACUUGAGCCCGACGCGAUCAUCGCAUCAAUUCGCAUUCCGGUUACUAAAGAGAAAGGCGACUUCUACCGUGCUUACAAGCAAGCCAAAAGGAAAGAUGACGAUAUUGCCAUUGUCACGUCUGCUCUGCAUGUCCGGGUAGACGAAAAAGGCACAGUCGAGGCCUCUAACCUAGUUUACGGAGGUAUGGCACCUUUCACGAUAGCGGCCAAGAAAACCAAUGAGUAUCUUAUUGGUAAGAUGUUCGCUCAUCCAGACACUCUCGAGGGCGCUAUGAACGCUCUUGAGCAAGACUUUAGCCUGGAAUUCAGUGUACCAGGAGGUAUGGCCUCGUACCGACGGUCGUUAGCCUUCAGCUUCUUCUACAGGUUUUAUCAGGAGGUACUCGGCGAGCUGAAAGUUGAGAGUUCGCACGGCGACAGUGAAGCUGUUGAGGAAUUGGAGCGCGAGCUUUCCAGGGGCUUCGAAGACCGAGAAGCCACAGCGGAAUACGCCAAAGAUACCAUUGGCAAGCCGAAGAAUCAUGUCGCAGCAAUGAAACAGGUUACCGGCGAAGCGCAGUACACCGACGACAUCCCGCAACUGAAGAAUGAACUUUGUGCAGCCAUUGUAUUCUCGACGCGGCCUCACGCAAGGAUUAUUUCGCGCGACUACUCGGCUGCUCUGGACAUUCCCGGCGUUGUCGAUGUUGUAGACAAAGAUGAUUUGCAUCACCCCGAGGACAACAAAUGGGGUGCACCAAAUUUUGAUGAUGUGUUCUUUGCUGAAGACGAGGUUUUUACCGCUGGUCAGCCAAUCGCAAUCGUGUUGGCUACGUCACAGGCCAAAGCAGCUGAAGGUGUUAGAGCCGUUAAGAUCGAGUAUGAGACCCUUCCGGCAAUCUUUACGAUGGAAGAAGCUAUAGAACAGGAAAGCUUCCAUAAAUACUUUCGUUACAUCAAGAAAGGUGAUACGGAAGAGGCUUUCAAAAAUUGCGACUACACGUUCACUGGUGUGAGUCGCAUGGGUGGACAAGAACAUUUCUACUUGGAAACGAACGCUUGUUUGGCUAUUCCGCAUCCCGAAGGCGAAUUCGAGAUCUGGACUAGUAGUCAAAAUCCUACGGAAAGUCAAGUUUUCGCAUCAAAGAUACUUGAAAUCCCGGCGAACAAAGUGGUCGCUCGCGUAAAGCGACUUGGAGGCGGGUUUGGUGGCAAGGAGACGCGGUGUGUCUUACUAAGCACUAUCAUAGCAUUGGCUGCUCAGAAGACUGGUCGACCAGUGAGGUGUAUGUUGAACAGAGACGAAGACAUGGUUAUGUCCGGCCAACGCCAUCCCUUCAUGGGCAAAUGGAAGGUUGGUGUUAACAAGGAUGGAAAGCUCCAAGCUCUGGAUGUUGACGUGUUCAACAACGCCGGCUGGUCUUUCGAUCUGAGUGCUGCUGUCUGUGAGCGAGCCAUGACUCAUAUUGAUGGUUGCUACAAGAUUCCCAACGUCCACGUUCGAGGUCGUCUUUGCAAAACCAACACAAUGUCAAAUACGGCUUUCCGUGGAUUUGGUGGUCCUCAGGGCAUGUUCAUUUGUGAGUCCUACAUGUCCGAAGUCGCGGAUAGAUUAGGCAUGGCCGUUGAAGACUUCCGCAAAAUCAACUUUUACAAGGCAGACGAAGAGACACACUUCAAUCAGCCUAUACAGGACUGGCACGUGCCCCUCAUGUAUCAGCAAGUACAGGAAGAGUCGGAUUACGCCAACAAGCGUAAGGCUGUGACCGAGUUUAACGCCUCUCAUAAGUGGCGUAAGCGAGGGUUGGCUCUCAUCCCUACCAAGUUUGGUAUUUCUUUCACUGCCUUGUGGUUCAACCAAGCCGGUGCCUUGGUACACAUCUAUCAUGAUGGCUCUGUGCUUGUAGCUCACGGUGGUACUGAGAUGGGUCAAGGUCUUCAUACAAAGAUGCAGAUGCUUGCCGCUGAAGCGCUUCAGGUUUCACUGGAGGAUGUUCACAUCUCUGAUACAUCCACAAACACUGUUGCAAACACCUCUGCCACUGCUGCAUCUGCCUCGUCUGAUCUCAAUGGCUACGCCAUCUGGAAUGCAUGCGAGCAGAUCAACGCUCGUCUUGCACCUUACCGUGAGAAGUUAGGGCCCAAAGCAACUAUGAAGGAACUGGCUCAUGCCGCCUACUUCGACCGUGUCAACCUAAGCGCUAAUGGUUUCUACAAAACACCUGAGAUCGGCUACACCUGGGGCGAGAACAAGGGAAAGAUGUUCUUUUACUUCACGCAGGGUGUAACGGCUGCUGAGGUUGAGAUUGACUGCUUGACCGGAACAUGGACAUGUCUUCGGGCAGACAUCAAAAUGGACGUUGGUCGUUCUAUUAACCCCUCUAUUGAUUACGGUCAAAUUGAAGGUGCUUUUGUGCAAGGCAUGGGACUCUUUACAAUGGAAGAAAGCUUAUGGCUUCGCAACGGGCCUAUGGCAGGUAACUUGUUCACAAAAGGACCGGGCGCCUACAAAAUCCCCGGCUUCCGUGAUAUCCCUCAAGAGUUCAACGUCCGUCUCCUCAAGGACGUUACAUGGGAAAACCUAAGGACAAUUCAGCGCAGUCGUGGUGUUGGAGAACCGCCGUUGUUCAUGGGUAGCGCUGUCUUCUUCGCUAUCCGUGAUGCACUCAAGGCUGCACGUGCGGAUUAUGGUGUGAAGGCGAAGUUGCACGAGGAGGGUGGUAAAGACGAUGGAUUGUUGAAGCUAGAGAGUCCGGCGACGCCCGAGAGAAUCAGAUUGUCUUGCGUUGACCCGAUCAUGGAGAGGGCAAGAGUACAGCCGAAGGAGGGAGAAAGGAACUUCUUUAUUGCAAUUUGAGAGAUGAGAGAUGAAAUGACAAAACAAGCUGUUGAUUCAGAAGCAUAGCAGCGUUCCAGAUCGAAUCACUGUAUCUAUACAAGAACCUGAACUCAAGUAUGUGCAUUUAUUUCCGAUCUCCAAGGCUGUAAAGUUGACAUGGUCACAGACCGUUUUAUGCAUUAUAAUCGUCUAACUCAUUGCCAUCA